AUGGCCAACAUCAUCGAUUCUCAGUGUGUCUUGGUCGUUGGAUCCGCUGCAGAAAUAGGUCGUACUCUUGCCCUGCUAACCGUCAAUAUUGUCUGCAGUCGCUGCAAGGAAAGGCUCGAUGAACUGAGCGCAGCGUUCUCAAGUCUUCCAUCGAAGAUAUCGUCAACACUUACCCAGAUGUUCUUGUUCUCGAAUGGCAUUCAACGGGCCUUCGACUUCACUAAGCCAGAAGCCGUUUAUCCCGAAUCUCUCAAGUGUGAACUCGCCACCAACCACACCUCAAUUGUCAGGAUGAUCACCUUCCUCCCUCAUCUUAUCGAGCUUGGGUUUAUUCAGGGCUGUCCGUCGUUCCUGCCGCUGAAAUCACUGCUCUCAACGAGAAGAACGAUCACGUGGUUGAGAUUAUUCCUCCACUCGGUCGAGUCGGAUUUUCAUGACUUCGAAGGCACAACACAGCGUCUGGCCAAUUUCUGGCUCUCGCUCAAAGAAUACACGAAGGUGACGAUGAAGGGCCUUGUUCGAGGCGACCCACACGAGGGAUGGUCAUUGAACAGCACAAAAAGUUUGAGGGGAAGUUUGAGGUUGCAACGAAGAUGUACUGCCAAUUUUCCUCGGUAUCACCCUGCCAGUAUCCUUGAAACAGGCUGGGACAUCCUUUUCUUCUGUGUGGCGCGUAUGGUUCUCAUGGGCUUCUAUCUUACUUGUCAGAUGCCAUUUUCUGAGGUACUCUGUCACGCGAUGAUUCGCGACGCUCGUGGACGCAAAAUGAGAAAAUCGCUCGGUAACGUCAUUAGCCCGAUCGAUGUCGUCCUGUCGCUUGAGCAACUCCACCAGAAAUUGUAUUUGGAAGGUCUCUUAGCUGCCGUCAAUCACACCAAGCACGACAUUGCUGCUGCUUCUGCACAUCACAAACGCCUAGGCAGUCUCGCAGGUCGUCUCGCAGGGUACAUCAAUCCCUCAAUCAGCACUGGCGGUACGGAAUGGAUUGCAGGUAUGGCUCCGUGGAACGCCUCACUGCAGCUAUGCCGAAUUUGUACUUAUCUCCAAAGAAACAUCUGUUUUAUCACCAAUCCUGCCUUUCUUGUCACGAGACACAUGGAAGACUUUGUCACUUCCGACCCUUCCGAGUUGAAGAGAAUCAUCAUGAACUACAACGACGACCUCGACCAAAAAAAUCGUAAGGGAUUUCCUGCUCGGUUACUCGGCACUCUCAAGCAUGAGCUUGCAUACUCUCCCAGUCCUUCAAGCUGUGCCGGAGAAUCUGGACGAUAA